AUGUCGGGCGGGGAGCUCUUGGCCGGUGCCUUGUUACCGGGGGAGUAGGACUGGCUGCUGUAAUCUCUUGGGUUGGACAUAGUGCGGCUUGGAGCAGAUGGAUGGCACCUGUAGGUUCAACCGGUGAGGGCAGAAUGGCACCGCUCUCCGGAUCACCUGCUUUUAAAGUUGACAGGGACCACCCAUCCCCUCCCCAGAAUGUGCCGUGCGUCCAAUCGAGAGGUGACACGGGCAGGAGUAACAGUGAAACAAAUGAAAAACAAUAACAUGAAAAACUAGAAUUUUGAGUGCGAACCAGUUUGUCCACGAGCGGUGCCGUCACGAGGGGCCGAUAGUUUGCGUAAACGCCAGGUAUAAAGGCAGAAUGCCCGCCCGUCUCCAUCACUUGCGCGACUCUCCAGUCACAAAACACCGUCCCGUCGUUCAGCCGCCUCUCAUCCAGCAGCAGCUGUCAUGCCUUCAAACACCGCCGCCAGCAUGUUCGGUGGAGCCGGGGGAAGGGGCUCCAGGGCCUCCGUGUCGACCCUGGAGGGGCUGCGCAACGCGCUGCGCAGCGAGCCGGGGAGAAACGCCGGCCCCGUCGCUCCACCGGCCCGCGACGUGGUCGACCACGCGCCCGCCCCCGCGGCCCCCGCGGAACCCGCGGACGACAAGCGUACUAUGCAUGGUCUGAACGAACGGCUGUCGGAGUACCUGAACCGGGUGGGGCAGCUGGAGAAGGACAACGAAGAACUGGCGAAAGAGAUCGAUGAUCUUUUGGCCAACAGGAAAGCAGCCAAUGGACGCGACUGGGAUGAGGUUGAGAAACCUCUGGAUGAUCUCAAGAAGCAGAUAAAAGACAUCACCAAGGACAACGGCAAGCUUCUGCUUCAGAUUGAAAACACCAAACUGGCCAACACAGACUUCAAGAAAAAGCUGGACGAUGAGAUAAAGGUAAAGAAAGAAUUAGAAAAAGAGUUGGCGGACCUGAAGGACGCCAUUGAAGACACAAAGCUGGACCACACGCAGAAAAAGAAUGAGAUCGAUCUGUUGAAGGAGGAGCUCGCUCGUCUCGAGAAUGAACACAAAGACGAGGUGGGGGACCUGCUUGAGAAGAUCAAGCUCUCCGAGGUAAAGGUGGAGAUUGAGUCUUCAUGCAUGGACCUCAGUGAGAUUGUUAACAAGAUUCGCAUCAAGUACGAAAAGAUGUCCGAGAAGAACAUGAAGGAAACCAAUGAUUGGUACCAAAGAAAGUUUAAAAACCUCAAAGUGGUGGUGGACCAAAACGAUGAGGAGUUGAAUUCUGCAAAGUCAGAGCUCAAGGAACUGCUCUCACAGAAAAGAUCAGUGGAAAUUAAGAUCCAGGGUAUCCAAAGCAAGAUCAACAAUCUGGAAGAGGCCCUGAACAGUGUCAAAGGGGAGUACAAUCAGCGCCUGGGGCCUCUCAACAAGGUAAUACGGCGCCUGGAGGCGGAGCUAACGGAUGCCAAGACCCAGUUGGAGCGCCACAUGAAAAGCAACCACAACCUGCUGUGUGUGAAGAUGGAGCUAGAGGAGGAAAUGAGAAAGUACCAUGAGCUGAUGCAUGACCCCACUGCUGAACCGGAGAGUUUGGAGUUGUCUUUAGAAGAAGCGCUGCAGAGCGAACACCAAAUGCCUAAUCAGAAGACACCCCAGCAGAAAGAAGAGGCGAAAGAAGAAGCUCUGAUGAAGAAAGAAAGCUUUUCCUCUGAAAACCCCGCCCCCCCCCAAAGCACCUAAUGCAGAAUAACCGAUUGCUUAAUAUGCAACAUCAAUUCCUCUUCUUCGUCCUUCUCCUCGGACGAUGAAGAUAAAAAGCAAAAGAAAGUGUCCGUAAGGGCCGAAGCCUGAUGUCAGCAAGCUACCCUCCUGCUGCUGUCUAACCCGUUUUCACUGUGAGGGGGGGGGGGCAUUAAAUAAAAGAUUCUGAAAGCAGUCACAAAUAGUUUGUUUUUUCAUACUCAUUUUUGUUUACAGUACACAGGUUCAUCACAUUUUCAGUUCCCACAUGCCUCUCACAGGCCAAUAAAGAGACAUUUUAUAUGUUUUAAGAGUGAUUUAUUCUUUCAAAUGACAGACAACAUGAAAGCACAGGGGAGGGGGGGGUUGAAAUCAUCCAAUAGAUGGAUAUCACAUGGUGAUGGUUGAGGGGCGAGCAAGAGUACCAAAUGGAGUAAAAGAUAUCGUAUCAAAAAUUUCAAUUUUUUAUUCAUAUAUAUAUUUAUAUAGGACUAAUAAUUCUCUUUAACUAUGCAAAGCAGGGAAUGCCCAUGUUUCCAUUUAUCUCGAGCCGACGUUAUUCAUAAAAUCAAAAAAAAAAAAAAAACAUAAAAAGGAAA